CAAGCCUGCACUUCCUCGUGUAAUGCAUAAGUUUUGACUAAAAAAAGCAAAUCGAGAAGCAUCAAAUACGCCUCAAUAAUGACAAACUCAAAUAAAUACGCAAUUGUACGACGUUAAAAGACCAAAAUUGAGGAGCAGACAUUGAGCAGUUCAAACUCGUCUUUCACACAUCAUGGCCAGGUUAUACAUCCGGGCAUCGGUCAUUGUCCUGUUCGCAAGGACGAUCCUAGCGUCGGCAGAGUUAUCAUCAGCAAACUCCAGCACACCUGCAACUUCGCCACGCCAGUCGCCCAGGAUACCGAAAUUCUAUCCAAGAAAUCACGGGCUCGCAGAUGCAAGAAUUCCUAAUAAAAAUAAAGAUCCAGUACAUAUAAAUAGCAACGUGUUCGAGCCGAGGAUAAAGGUUCAUUCACUGAACGGUGUUAGCUUAAAUUCGCGACUUAUUCGUGAUGACAUCAACCUUCUUCAUCAAACGUUCGGGCUACACAACAAAUUUUCCGAAGACGACGAGCGGGAGGAAAUGGACUCGUAUGGGUCUGAUGGCUACGUGGUCGCAAAUAGUGCGUUCUUUGCGCUUGGCAACUCGUCCGAACCCGAGACUCCGAUCAGCCUGGGCGCCAUACAAGCCGUUACGAGGUCGGACACGCUGGAGUGCCCCAGCAGUGACGUGAUCACGACGCGCUACAAGUGCCAGGUGCAGGGCAAGUGGGUUGACUGCUUCAAGCGCCAUUGCUGCCAGGGGUACAACUUCGUCGCGGGGCGAUGUCUGCCGGAGGCCAUGGACCCCUGCUCGCAGAAGUUGUGUGAGCAGAAGUGCUCCGUGUACUUCGGCCGCGUCAUCUGCACCUGCUACUCCGGCUACCAGUUCAGCCCCGGCAACCACAAGCGAGGCAUCGCUCCGGUUUGCGUAGACGUGGACGAGUGCGACACCACAAACGGCGGCUGCGACCACGCCUGCAUCAACACUGUGGGGGGACACGUGUGCUCCUGUCGACCAGGGUUCAAGUUGCUGUCGGACAACCGAACGUGUGACGUGGCCUCCCCCCAGCCCCGCUCCCUCAACGCAGGACUACAGGCAGCCAGUGUACCUGAGCCGCUUCUUGAUGACGAGGAGCCGGAGACGGGGGACGAGGAGCUGCUCUACGAAGAAGCCCGCCGCGGGUACAGCACUCACGGCCACCAGCGCUGCACCGCCACCUGCGAGACAGUUGGUCAACUCAAAGAUAAAGUCAAAGAUCUCGAGGAAAAAUUGGUAGCCCUGAGCACUGCGGUGCGCCUCUACAGCUUUUCGGCCGGACCUCCGGGCCCGGAAGGACCUCCAGGACCCCCCGGCGAACCCGGCCCUAGAGGAUUUCCGGGCAAUGCGGGUCCGCCAGGCAAUGCGGGUCCGCCAGGCAAUGCGGGUCCACCAGGUAGUGCGGGUCCGUCUGUGGUCCCGCAGUCUGGGUCGUUAGGUCGGGUGGAAGAUAACCUCAUCGACAACAGCGACGACUUCCCUCUGGACUCCUGGACGGUGAUUGGCGAGCCCCACCAGAGGAGCUUCUGCCGCUGUAGGCGGGGACCUAUUGGCCCUCCAGGGGCGCCGGGACGCGAUGGCGUACGAGGGCUGCGAGGGGAGCGCGGCGAGGGUAGCAGCGAGGCCCUCAACUUCGUGCUCGAGGUCCUCGCCGACCUCAAGCUCGACGUCACGGCGCUGCAGCAGCGCUUCGACAGAUCAGAUGCAUACAGCACAAGCAUCUUCAGCAGCAGCGAGCACCAGCUAAAUGCAGCUGAGAAUGCGAUCGUGAGCUUGAGACCAGGCAAGGCUCCGCACCCUAAAUUAUUCGACAGCGAAGGCUACGGAGCAGCGACGCUUCUAACGGAUGAAACUUGGAAUCCAGAAGACAGCUUAACUGAGAAUAUUGAGUUAUAUUCACCGUUUGACCCAACGCUGGGCGCAGUUCGUCCCUUGGAUGAGAUCUACAAGACAAUACCGGCCUCUGAGCCACCUAGAAGAGUUGAGUAUCUCUUGCAACGGCCGACUGUAAUGGCGGCGAUACCGGCGCAUAAGAGAGACGAAAAUGAGGAUAAUGUUAUCGUACAGAACACGGAAAAUGGUGAUAAUAACGUGCAAAUUGGCUCAUCAACUGGAAAAGAUAUAAAGCUGCAACCUCGUCCUGAGACAAAGAAUCUGGCGGUACUUAGCGACGGACCGGCGCAAGGAGAAGUCGCUUUUGGGCCUGAACAAGAUUACACAUCAAGUCAUGCACGUCAUAAGUACUUACUUGCAGCGAAUGACACCACAGAUGCUCUGAACCAAAGCUAUUCCGAAAGAAUAGAGCAACAAAGAGAAACGCCAAGUAUUAGUUUGCCGGAUCCCGUGCCUGUGGAAGACCCAGCUACCCAUCAUGUUUCCCAAAAUGCAGGACUAGAGUCUGAAAGAUUAACUGCCCCAACGACAGAAACCUUGGAUUUAUGGCAGGUUGAAAAUUCAGAAUUAAAUGAGGUUUACCUGCCUAGCGAUGGUCCAGCGGCUAUUUCGGCGAGCGGAGCAGCUAAGAAAAAGCGAAAAACUGAUAUUCUUGCGUUCAAUUUAGCACACCCGCCAGGUUUCCCGCAAAAUAUAUGGACAAGAGGAAGUAAUCUUUUAUUGAAUUUAGAUUUAUUUUCAUCACAAAACCAUUCCAAGGCUUCAUGGAAAACAUCUGCUUCAUCAAACGCGUAUGAAAUCCCUUCUCGCAGUCGACCGAACACAGAAAGCCACGAUAACAUAGAGUCUGCAACUGGUCUGCCUCCUGAGGAACGAAGUCCUGUGGAGGACGUCUCUGUAGGGCAUGUUACUGCUGAGGAUGUUCCUUCAACAGAUCCUCAGCAAAGUCCUUCAAGUAACUCAUUAUUAGCUGGUAAUACUGCGGGUGACGCUUCUGUAGGUCACAGCCUUUCGGUUCAAGCCCCUGCUGGUGACACCCGUACAGGUUACGGCUCUGAAUGGAUCAUUCCUGCAGAUGCUGGCCUGUUAACUGAAGCUCCUCAAGGUGACUUCUCUACCGAAGUCACUCCUUUGGGUCACGGACUUGUAAAUAAUGCCUCUUCAGGUCACAACAGUCUUGAGUCUCAAUCUUGAAGCUUCCCUAGGACAUCGUUCUUCGGAGACUCCAGUGCGCGGCCUCUAGUGCAUUCUUGCGAACUCAUGAGGGACGCAUAAGGAUUUCUUCGUUAGUAAAAGGAAAAACCCUUUCACUGUAAAUGUAACAUAGAAAUUGAAAUUUUGCUCAUAGGAAUUUGAUGUAUUUUUUGCGAUAAGGUAUAAAUGAAGCAGUUAAUGAGUUUAUAUAUGAUUGCCUAUUAAUCUCGUCCAAAUGAAUAGACAUAUUGCAAGAUGAAGUUUUCACUUACAAAAAAUACAUAAAUUUAAGUCUGACAAAUCUUUGCAUUUUGAUUGAUGUUAGACCCUGUAUUAAGUAAACUGCUACAAAUUUAUCGUUCUAACCUUGAAAAAAAUGGAAAUUAAAUAAGAUUUCCUGUCUACAAUUAAUAUUGAAUCUAAACCUACUUCAUUAAUGUACAGUAAGUUGAAGAAGAAAGUUUUUAAAAAACCUGAGCGAUCAUUUCUUUGCACAAUGACUUAUUCACUAAUUUACCUUUACUUAUGUUAAUUCAAUAUUUUUUCCGAGGUUGCCAUUCAGUUUCGACGAUAGAUUUUAUUUAUGAGUUGACAUAAUCGUUCAAAUGUUUGUCACAUGCAGUGCACUAAUCAUCCUGUUGAAUUUAGUGAUGCAUUCUUCGUUAUUAAUCAUAAAUAGCACAAUAUUAUCAUGAAAAAACAAGUCAUUAGUAAUAUAUGGCUCUAACCAAAGUAGAAAUUUUCAUAUUUUCAGAAAUAACCUCCGAGAUUAAUUUAUAAAGGACCCUGAAAUUUAAUUGAGUUUUUCUCCUUGACACUGAGCGACUAUGAUACGCUUUGAGUGCGAGUCAUCUGCGAAGAUUUCUCCGUAUUGUUUGAGGCAUUUGUUGAAGUUCUUUACAUGUUCAUACAUUUUCGAAUCGAUGCAUCCUUAAUUUAGUCUACAUGAAUGAUUUUCUAAUGCUUUAUGAAAGAUAUUA